UAUGUCUACUACUGAUAAUGCAAUCAUAUUGGUGCAUGUCAUAAUCUCAACGAAGGGCUUCUUCUGUGCCAGAAACAAUGUUUGUACCCAUCCUGUAUGUAGAUGAUUAUGCUUGAAGGUGCAAAGGCAACAACAGAAACUGUAGAUACUCUGAGGACAGGAGCAUCAGCAAUGAAGUCUAUCCAGAUCUCUUUGUAUCAAGACCCAGUAUGCAUGAUGAUUGUUUUCUUGAAGGAGCUGUGGCCAGAUGUAAAGGACUCAAAUUUAUUUCAGGCACCACUCUAUUGGGAUUUGUAUGCUCCUAGAGGUUUGAAUACGGCUAGGAUUUGCUUUACAUGCCACAAUUUUGAGUAUCAGGGGACAACACCUGCUUCAGAGUUGGCAUCCUGUGGCAUUGAUGUUCACCAGCUGAGUAGACAUGAUAGGAUGCAAGAAAAUGCAUCACAUGAUAGAGUCAAUCCAAUUAAGGUAAUUGAUUUCAAUGGUUCAUUUGAAUUAAGAAAAAGGCAUCAAGGUGAGAUGUGUUUUACAUGUUCCCAUUCUUUAGGGUGUGAUCGUGUUCUCCAACAUUCUAACAAUAGUAUCUCCAUCUUUCUCUCCCUGCCCCGACUCUCUCUCUAUGUCUCUGCCCUGAUUUUGCUCAAAAAUAUGAUAACAUGGGGGCUGAAAUGGCUGUCCUUGUUUAGGUGA